UUGAAUGCCUGUGAAUGAAAUCUAAAAUGACGUUAGGUAGGCAUGUCUGUUAUUUGUGGUGCGUUGUUCUAGCUGCACUUGCAGAAGCUUGGCUUAUUGGUUCAGAAAUGCGCAGUGUCACAGUCUGACGUGGUACUACCGCGCCUAUCCGUGUGUUUAUAUCUGACACCUGACGGCGUGUUCCUUUCUCCGUGCCCCUGAUCACGACCACUUCGACUGCAGACCAGCGACUCUCCCGCUUUAUGGAAACCGAGGCUGUGCGUUCUGUUGUGUUCAUGCUGCCUCCCAAGAACUGCCUCCCGAGGAACUACAGCUGCAUAGCUGGGUUGUUCGGGAGCUUGACAGCAGACCCGAGACUAGAAGACGAAGAGGGGAUGGAGCUGAACGGAACAAGCGAGACCAUCGAGAUGCACCAUGUGGUGGAUGAGAGACCAAGAGGCCGGGAAUCCUUCCUCAAACCCCCGCAGAGUCCGAACCUGCGCCGGAGGUGCAAGUCUCUGCCGACCCCCAUAGAGAGAGCGAAGCUUGAGAUCUCCCGCCGCCGGAGUCCCUGCAGCCAGAAAAAGGUCCGUUUCGCCGACUCUCUGGGUCUGGAGCUCACCUCUGUGAAGCACUUCAAUGACACAGACAUGCCCGAUGUGCCGGAGCGCAUAAUGGCCAGAUUCGACAGGGGUCCCCUCCAUCUGAACCCCUUUGACAAGUUCCCCAGGGCACCGACCAACCAGUCAAGUUUUAUGGAGCUGCAAUUCAAGAACCCCGGGACCCUGCCAGGCUUUACUGAGAAAGUGAAAGAAGUGAAAGUGUUGUUGGAGUGUGCUGAAGCCGACGAGUUCAGUCUGUCGGGCUUCGUGCGGGUUUUGAACAUGGCUUUCGAGAAAAGUGUCUAUUUGAGGUUCUCAAUCAACAACUGGAUAACCUUCAUGGACAGUCUGACAUCAUAUGUCCCAGAAUCAAGCGACGGUGUGACAGACAAAUUCUCCUUUAAGAUAAUCACCCCAACAACGUUUCUGGAGAGCGGAGGCACAUUCCAGUUUGCCAUUAGAUACUGCGUUGGUGGAGAUGAGUAUUGGGACAAUAAUAACGGGGUCAACUACAAAGUGCGACGCCACAGGUUUAAGAUUUCCCCACCCCGUGAGUGGGAGGAUGGCUGGAUUCACUUCAUCUAACCUGCAUGCGUCCUUGGCGUUCUCACCGGCGCACUGUAUUUGACAGAAUUGAAAGACAAGCCCUUCAUUAGGUGUCCGCCGUGAGAGGUAAAUCUGCUGUAUGAUAAUUAGCCUUGGUGUUGGGGACUUUGUAGUCCUGUGCCCUUUGGUGUGGCACGACUAUACUCUUAUGUAAUGCAGGGACAUGUGCCAUUGAAAACGUGCCAGGAAUAUACCCCAUUUAAGCGUCACUGUCCCUCUCUAAAACGCAGCGAUGCUCUCUUCAAUCCCCACUUUUGACUAUUUCAUUAAACAUCUUGUGCGAUGUCUUAACUGUCAACGACUGCUUAUACAAAACUGAAGAAAAUGGUUAUGAAAAACACUAAGACAGUCUUCUCUCUGUUUAUUUCCGAUAGCAUGGGACUGUGCUCACGUGCAUCCCCCUGUGUACCUGUCAUGCCGGAUUUCAAUCCUAUUCUCUCCUCUGAAAACUCCAGCGGAUGGGGCAGGCCGAAGCUCAGUCACAACAAUAUUCGCACUGGAUCAACAAAGGAAAUAUCAAAUUGUCAUUUGUUUUACCAAUUCCUCAUCUUUUCAUCUUCUUGGAUCUGCCUUAUAACUAAAGGGGAACGCUGCUGUGCUUUUAUCUUGAUCAAUAUUGGGUGUAUUCAGUUUUAUAACUAUUUGAACAUGAAUAUUUCAAUGUUGGGGAAAUGUUUAAACCCUCUCUAUAGCACUGCUCCACGAGAUGAUGUUAGAAAAAGGAAAUCAUCUCACGAGCCUUGUUCGCUGGUUAUAAAUGCACCAGAAUGUUUUCUCCAGAGGAUGGUAACCAAUAGCAGGAGAGUAGACUGUGUCAGAGUGGAGCCCUACAGUCUAGCAGUAUGCUAGCCUAUUAGGAUGCUCUGGUAUGACCCCAAACAUGUUACAUAAUAAUAUGUGGAUCUUUACCACUCUCAAAUGCCAAAUAAUGCAUUUGCUAUAUGCAUUAUUUUAAACUAGAGGACAUGUAUAUUUGACAACAAAAAAAACUAUUGUACAGAACAUUUUGUACAGGAUCUUAUGCUAGAUCUUUCUCUGCAGUGCAGCCUGCAUGUAUCUGACAGGUGAUAUUUUACAACACUCCUGUUGUGACUCUUGAUCUCAACCAGUCACAAUAUUUCACCAGGUGUCUUGUAAACAAUAGUUGAGGAUAGCUCUAACCCUAAGGUCCACUGCAGAGUCAGUCACCACUGCCUCACCCAUACAGUAUCUCUACCUUCUUCAAGGUUGAGCUUUAAUGACAAAAUCCACAGGCAUAUCACUCCAUUUUUAUAACUGUUAUUACACAAUGAUAAAUUACAGAGACAGAUACUGUUGGACUUUUGUUUCUGUUCCUUGUUGGACCUGAAAUGCAACUGUUCCUGUGGAAAAUUAUGCAUUUACCUCAGAUCGUUUCUAGAGUGCGGACCUGACGAUCUUCCAAAAAUUCCAGGUUUCUCUCCUUUUAUUCAGGUUGAACAAAACAAAACAUUAUUUUUUUAUGAAGUACAGUAGAACCAAAAUAGUCAAACUCACGCCAUUUUUAAAACACAUCCAGUCCAGUAAAACAGUAGCAUUCAUUGUCAGUAUUUUGUAAAUAACUUCCACUGUGCAAUGUUGUAUUUUACAGUAGGACUAUGGUGAUGACAGCAUCUAAACUACUUUUACUGAUUUCAAAGUUGUAAUGUUCGACUUGGCUGAUGAUAUAGAAAAGAGCCGUGUUUGUUUGGUAGGACUACAUAUUGUACAGUUGAUGCUAUUGCACUGGUGCUUCAUGCUGAAAUCAUUUGUUGACACAUUGGCAUCACAUAAUGCAUGUGUCAAACUCCUUCCACUGAGGGCUGAGUGUCGGCGGGUUUUUGCUCCACCCUUGUACUUGAUUGAUGAAUUUAGGUCAACAAUUAGUAAGGAACUCCUCUCACCUGGUUGUAUUUGACACCCCUGACAUGAGGUGAGUGACCUCAUUAUGGAUGGAUGUCAAACUAAACUUAGGUUAUGUAACGCAACAGCCCACAUUACACAAACGGUUUGUCUACAUGUGUACUGGAUGUACAGCAUGUUUACAUUCGAGUUUGUAUUUAUUUGGGUUGUUAUAAUUUGUGAGAGUUUUCUAUGACAUGAAUGCUUGGAAUGUAUCAAUAUUUUGUUUUGAGUAGGACGCCUCUGAGAGAUCAGCAACUUGGAGAUGUAUCUGUUUAGAAAAUGGAAUGCAUCUCUGAGACUAACAGAUGUAGUUAUAUAAUAUAGUUAGUUACUGUUGACUGGCUAUGGUGGUCAGUAAGAAAAGCCUGUGUUUACAUGAUCCAGGACUUGGAGGGAGCUUGGUCAGAUAAUUCAACCCUUGAGAUUGAAAAUGGAAAAUAGACUACUCAUGUGACCACUGAGCAUGUCCAAAUGACUCAAACAAUUUAGCAGAGUUGUUUGGCUUAUAGCAGAGUUGUUUGGUUUCCAGAGUCCAGCGGUUGGCUCUUUCUAAUAUCUCCAUGGGAAAUCUGUAGAGCCUGGUUGGACCAAAAUAACCUCACUCAUGGUCUCACGUCCACCAUGACAUCAACCGACCUCUAGGGCUGCACGAUAUGGGCAAACAAAUGUAAUAGCGAUUUUUAUUUUUAACAAAUAUGGUUAUUGCGAUUUGACGUGCAAUAAAUAUCAAAAUAUUUGGGUGAACUGUUGGAAUUAUAGAAAUAGACUGAAUUAUAGCUAAGUGGAAAGCAGCAUCGUUCUUGUUUGGAACAAUUUGUUGACUGCAUUGACCUGACGGAACAACAUGCACAUGUAUAGUCAAUCAUCUAACAGCGAGGGGGAGGAACUGCGCUGCUUGAGUGACAGGGGGCGAGGCUUAGUGUGUGUGCGAAGCAGCCGCAAGAGGAGAAAAAAACGGAGUUAACUCUAAAACCUAAAGUUACUCAAGGCUGAGAUGCGUUUAAAAAAUAUUGCUUAUGAUAUGGAUCUUUUACGAUAUGGAUAUUGCACAUGUCAAUAUGUGAUUUUGAUGUGAAUUCGAUUAAUUGUGCAGCCCACUCUUGAGUUGAGACAUGACCAUUGGUUGACACUGGUUGGCCUCACUGUGUUCAGAAGCAUGCUAGUCUGUGCAGUCAGUGAGUUCCACACACGGCAGCUGUAUCUCCACAAAGACUACUGUGGUCAACAAGAUGUCACGCCUUGUCAGAGAUUGUUUUAUGUUCUUAAGUCUGAUUAAAUAUAAUGGGUAUUUUUCCUCAUGUAG